CGCGGCUACACCGCCGUGGACGGGGCACGUCUACGCCUACCCGAUGGCACUCCCACCUCAACCUCGUCCGGCGCCCGGGAUCCUUGGUCCGCGGCCGCCGCACGCCUACGCCGCCUUCGGCGGCCACCUCCAGCAGCCGUCUCCGAUGGGCUACCCUCCACUGCAGCAGUACCUGCCGGCGGCGCCUCCUCCUCAUCAGCAGUUCCUGCCGGCGCCACAUCUUCCGCAGCAGUACCAGGCGCAGCAGCACCAGGCGCAGCCGUACUUCCACCCGCCCGCGGCCGCCGUCUCCAACGCCGUCGACCACUCCGCCCUGAUGAGCGCUCUGCACAACCUGUCGAUCCAGUCGCCCAGCGGUGGCUGGGUUGCGGACUCCGGCGCCUCCUCUCAUCUAGCGGCUGAUCCCGGACUAUCCAACCAAGGUGGAGCUUCUUCGAUGCAACAGUGACGGCGAACUGUAUGACAUCUUCCCUCCGGCCACCUCGUCGUCAUCGUCCCCCACCGCCCUCGCCGUCGUCGUCUCCCGCCUCACCGACCUUUGGCACCGGCGUUUGGGCCACCCCGGCGAUGCUACUUUUCGUUUAAAUAAAACUUUAGAACAUUGUAAUAAACCUAUUUCAGAUGGGCGCUUGUGUGAUGCUUGUCAGACUGGAAAGCAUGUCCGCCUCCCUUUUACUUCCUCCACUAGUCGAACUGCUGCACCAUUUGAUCUUAUACAUUGCGAUGUUUGGACUGCUCCUUUGUCUAGCGCCUCUGGCAGCAAGUAUUAUCUCCUACUUAUUGAUGAUUUUUCAUGCUA